AUGACGCCGUCCCGUCCCCCGCAGAACCCCAUGGAGGGCACCCCGCCGCACAUCCUCGCCCUGCUCGACCGGCUGCACGCCGAGUCGCUCGCGCAGGAGAAGCUCCUGGACCGCUCCGUCUUUGCGGGCGCCGCCUCGGACGAGGCCAAGAAGGCGGCGGUGCGCGACAAGUUCAUCGCGCUGGACCAGGACAAGAGCCAGUACGUGUACGCGCUGGCCCGCGCCGCCGACGCGCGCACCAUUGUCGAGGCCGGGACGUCGUUUGGCGUCAGCACCAUCUACCUGGCCCUCGCCGCGAGCGCCAACGCCAACGCCGCAGGGGGCCGGGGCAAAAAGGCAAAUGUGAUUGCCACCGAGUACGAGCCGACAAAGGCGGCGAGGGCGCGCGGCUACUGGGCCGAGUGCGGCGAAGUGGUGACGGGGGCGAUUGAUCUGCGCGAGGGAGACUUGAGGGAGACGCUCAAGGAGAAUCUGGAGGAGGUUGACCUCUUGCUUCUUGAUAUCUGGACGGAAAUGGCCCUGCCGACGCUCAAGAUUGUGCAGCAGAAGAUGCGGCGCGGGGCGAUUGUCAUUGCGGACAACACCAGUGUGUCGGAGGGAUACGAUGAGAUGCUGACAUAUAUGCGUAAUCCGGAUAGCGGCUUCAUUACAAUGACCCUGCCAUUUAACAAGGGUCUUGAGUUUUGCGUCUACCUACCCAAGAACUAG